GCGGAAGAAGCGUAGCGGCAGUUUCCGCUUGGACUCAGCAGUGCGUGUGGUUUUACCUGAGGUUAUUAAUCAUGGACAUACGACCGAAUCACACCAUCUAUAUCAACAAUGUGAAUGAUAAAAUCAAGAAAGAAGAGUUGAAGAGAUCCCUGUACGCCUUAUUCUCCCAGUUCGGCCAGAUUUUGGACAUUGUUGCGUUAAAGACCACAAAGAUGAGGGGUCAGGCGUUUGUUGUCUUCAAAGAGCUUUCUGCAGCCACCAAUGCCCUCAGACAGCUUCAGGGAUUCCCUUUCUACAAUAAACCCAUGCGAAUCCAGUAUGCAAAGACAGACUCGGACCUGAUCGCUAAGAUGAGAGGCACGUAUGGAGAUAAAGAAAAGAAGAAAGAGAAGAAAAAGAAAGCUCAGGAACUGGCUGCCAAUUUCAACAAGAAACCAGCGGGAACUCUAAACACACAACCUCCUCCACCUGCCACAGUCCAGGUCCCUGACAACCCACCAAAUUAUAUUCUGUUCCUGAAUAAUCUCCCAGAAGAAACCAACGAGAUGAUGCUCUCCAUGUUAUUCAACCAGUUUCCAGGGUUUAAAGAAGUGCGCCUGGUCCCUGGAAAGCAUGACAUUGCGUUUGUGGAGUUUGAGAGUGAGGCUCAAGCUGGAGUUGCGAAAGAUGCGCUGCAGGGAUUCAGAAUCACAGCCACCUGUGCCAUGAAAAUCACAUACGCCAAAAAGUGACCUGGCUCACACUUACUGGACUGUAACUGAGGCUUUGAUCAGCGGAUCCUCACUUCUGAUUUGUUUGUCUUUACAUUUGAACUCAUUUAAAAAAAAAAAAAAAAAACAUGUUUGUUCAGUGACUGUAUAGUAUCUUUUUUUUUUUUGUAUGGGAAUUAUUUGGUCACUGAGGACUUUAUGAUAUUCCAGGGCAGGUCUUUAUUUUGUACUGUGGACUAAUAAAAUUAGCAUCUAAAAUAAAUGUCCCCUAUUUUUACGACAUUUUAGUUUUCCGCUUGAGCUUAAAGGAACAGUUCCCAAAAAUAAGGCACUCACCCUCAUUUUAUUCCAAACCAUUUUUAGAUGCACCUUCGUAAUUGUAUGACUUGAGAUCAGUUGUAAACUGUCAGGCACGAACUCUCUGUACUUGACAAAAGGACUGAAAUAAUUGGUUUGGCACAGAACAUUGUGACAUCCAUUUGCGUCAGCGCGCUCAGCUCUGUAAAUUUUGUUCUGGAUGCAACUCUCUUAUGAAU